AUGACGGAACAGUGGGUAGACACUGUGCAGGGUUACAACUCCAAAAUACUUGUUCUUGCUGCCUUGGGGCACCCGCAGCACCACGCACCUGUUUGCGCUGCCACCACCUACAACGUGGCGGAUCCGCGGAGAUUCCACUGCCUCGCCAUGGGAGGUUCCGACAGCAGCCAGGUGCCCAAUGGCAAGAGAAUGAGAACAGCGUUCACCAGCACACAGCUCCUGGAGCUGGAGCGGGAGUUCUCUUCCAACAUGUACCUGUCUCGUCUCCGGAGGAUCGAAAUAGCUACCUACCUGAACCUGUCGGAGAAGCAGGUGAAAAUCUGGUUUCAGAACCGCCGGGUGAAGCACAAAAAAGAGGGGAAAGGCACACAGAGGAACAGUCACGCGGGCUGCAAGUGCGUGGGUAGCCAGGCGCACUAUGCGCGCUCAGAGGACGAGGACUCCCUGUCGCCGGCAUCCGCUAACGAGGACAAGGAGAUUUCCCCCUUAUGAGGGGUCCGCCCCCUCAAACCACACACAAGCCAACACUGGUACACCUAGAGGCCAAAAGUCUCUCCCGUCGCCUUCUUGGCACCAGCGGAAGGAGUCUGACAAGCCGUCCUUGGGAAUUCAGAGC